AUGCGACUAUUAGUUCACUUGGUGAUCUCAGCUGCGUUGUGCUCGGAAGUCUCGGCCUAUGGCUUCAUGGACAAGGUAAAGCAUUUCUUCAGUGACGGCUACAAAUCGGCCGUAUCUGGUAGUGCUGUGGACGACGACAAGUGUGUGUAUGAAUGGUCUUCAUUGAGCUGUAUGCCGGAAGAUUCAUGCUCGCUGCAGUACCAGUUUGGAGACGUUACUCCGUCACAAGCGUGCCGAGUGAGUGACACAAGCAACGCAACCAGAGUACCGCAGCAGCUUCACUUGGCGUUCGCUGGAGAAGAAGCAGGCACGGGUAUGACCAUCUCUUGGACGACUUUCGUGCUCGACAAGGACCCCAUGAUAUGGCUUGGUCGUACUAAAUCAAAGCUUAAGAAGGCGACCAAUGUUGAGAUUGAGACCAAAUCUUACUAUAAGGACAAAGACUACGAAUUGUACAGUUACCACGCAGCUGUGGACGGGUUGAAGCCCAACACGGCGUACUUUUACAAGGUCGGCACCGCAGAUAACAAACAUUUCCAAAGCGGAGUCAGCUCGUUCACGACGGCACGCGCCAGUGGCGAUAAGAGUCCGUUCACAAUCGCUGUGUACGGUGAUCUGGGUGUUGACGACAAUUCUGUGGCCUCUAAUAAGUACGUGAACAGUAUUGUGGACGAAGUGGACUUCAUCUACCACGUGGGCGACGUGGCCUAUGCAGACAACGCAUUCCUCACAGCAAAAAACGUGUUUGGAUUCUACUACGAACAAGUGUACAACAAGUUCAUGAACUCGAUGACAAACGUAAUGCGUCAAGUUGCGUAUAUGGUGGUUGUAGGGAAUCACGAGGCCGAAUGCCACUCACCUACGUGUCUACUUUCGAAGAGCAAGAAAGACCAACUCGGUAACUAUUCGGCGUUUAACUCGCGGUUCCGAAUGCCGUCUCCAGAGAGCGGUGGUGUGCUGAAUAUGUGGCAUUCCUUUGAGUACGGAUCCGCUCACUUCACUUCGAUUUCGAGUGAGACAGACUACCCGAACGCCCCGAGCAAUGCUUACCACACAAAUAGAGUCUAUGGCGACUUUGGCGACCAGUUGGCUUGGCUUGAAGCCGAUCUGAAGGCUGCGGAUGCCAACCGAGACAACGUACCAUGGAUUAUUGUUGGUAUGCAUCGACCAAUGUAUACGAUUCGCUCCUGCGAUGCCAACGGUGUACCCAACAACGAUUACGAGGCGCUGAAUGUGCAAGCAGCUUUUGAAGAGCUCUUCAUCAAGUACAAGGUGGACCUCGUGCUACAGGGCCACGUUCAUGCGUACGAACGGCAUUACCCGACAGCAAACAGUAGCGCUGUUAUGGAUGGCGUAUCAAACGAUACCAACACGUAUGAAAACCCUCAGGCCCCCGUGUAUGUAAUAGCGGGGUCCGCUGGAGGUCCAGAAGGUAUGUUUAAGUUCGAGAACCCACCGUCUCCCGAUUGGCUUGUGCUGAUGGAUAACACGCACUACUGCAUCACGAAGUUGUCGGUAACUCCGACGAACCUCACUCUGACGAUGAUUGAGAGCGCAACUGGCACAAUUUACGAUGAAUUCUCCAUAAUCAUGUCGUCUAGCACUCGAGAUAAGGCGCAAUAUGACUCAUCGUAA